CCAUGACUAAGCGGAAUACCCUUCAAGCCGCACCACGCUUCUUCCAACUGAGAUGUCUUGACCGGACUACGAGCCAGAUAUCCCAGGCCUGCGUCCCCAUCUCGUCAGCUCUUCAACUCACAAGCCACGGCUAUUUGCUAGGGGUUACUUGAAAAUAGUUUUGUAAUGGCUACGCAGCAACAGCGACUUAGCUCGGAGAAUAGACGACGAGGCGUGUCGCCUGCUCCGGAGCGGGUUUCUCUCGGUCCUUUGGAAGUCCCGGCGCCGUCUUCUACAGAGUUUUCUGCGCAAGCGAAAUCGAUACAGACGCCGUCUGCGGAGGCGCCGCUGAGUCUGCAGGAGUACAUCGAGCCACGGAUAUUCAAGCAGCUUCCGUCAAUUUUCUCGGCCGUGCCUACAAUCACGUACGGCGACCUCGCGACAUUCUCAACCAUCUCCCUGAUCUCGCGGCCGACGCUGUUCACAAUUGCCUCGCUCACGCAAUCAAUGCUCAUCAAAGCGAUUCCCACAGACUACAACCGCAUUCUCCACCUCUGGGCAUUACGCAUCGCCUCUGUGUCAUUACUCGGCUUCCCCGCGAUAGCCGAGAGCGAAGCCCACGCGCUCAUCGAGCUCAACACGAACGAGAACUUUCGGACGAAAUCCGGCGCGUCGAUUAUCCCCUGGGGAUUGAGAGUGCUUGUGAUUAAAGUGCAGACGCAGCAGCAUCCGCAGGUCGGGGUUGUGAAGUACUAUGCGUUGGCGCGCGAGGCGAGGGUUGAGUGCUGGAAGCUUGCGAAUAAGAUUGCUGCGAGGAAGGGAGCAGGAGCAAAGGCGGAGAAGAAAGCUGCAGCUGACGACGACGGGGAAGAUAAACCGAGCGAGACCAGCACGAAAGAUGAGACCGAGGUCGCACCAGCAAAAGCUGUACUUACCGACGCCGACGACGACGACGAAAACGACGCAGAGACAACGCUCGAAGACCUAGAAUCCCAGUACUCAUCCUGGUGCGACCGCCUCUUACAAUGCGGCCUCUUCGUCUCCUCGAUGCUCUCGCGCAUGCGCGACUUUGGCGCCGCGUUCGACCAUAUCUCUGCCAUGCUAGAUUCGGCAAAGACCGAGCACGACCGCACGCGCGUGAUCCAGAUCAUGGCACUGCUCUGCGUCGAGGCCGGGGACGCGAGUCGCGCGAGCGAGUGGUUUGCGCAGUUGCCGAAUUUUACUGCGGAUCCGAUUCUCGAUACGCCGACGACGGAGAUCAAGAACGCUGUUGCUGAUGCGGUGCUUGACGAUAGUCUGCCGUCGGCAGCAGCAGCGACCCCUGCUAUCAACAUCGAACCCGCCGCCGCAAAGUCGCCUACCUCACCUACGUCCCGCCCCGCGCCAGCAGAACGAGACGCCUUGUUCGACAACAACCCGAGCUCCCCCACUACGCUUCCCUCCCCCGUUUUUUCCUCAAUCUCAACCUUCCCUUCUCCUGCCCCAACCCCCGCCACCGCAUCUUCUUCCGCAACUCAGCCACAAGACUCCUUAUCCUCCACCACGACAGCAACAUCGUCAUCGCCCUCGCCGGCGCAGUCAAUCACGUCCACGAUCGCCGCGCCCCGCGUCAAAUUGACAGAUCAGCCGUCGAGCCAAAUUGACAGUAGCAGCAAAUGCAACCUCGCAAUCGCAAACCUGUACGAUGGAAACAUCGACAUGGCGCGAAAUACGCUCUCGGAAUUGCUCUCUACAGGGUACAGAUUCACUGAUCUGGUCUACAACUUUUGCGUCUUUUGUAACCUCAAGACCGAAAUCGACCGCAUCGCUCAGUUUAAGUGAACGAACUGAUGAGAAAUGUAUUAACUACUUUGUUUGUUGCGUUUUGGGUCAGUUUUUUGGUUGCAUUCGUUUGGUUAGCAAUAGAAUUCUCUACACCUGGCGGAGGACCUCUUCCACACCUGAGUUGCGAUCUACACCUCUCACAGAGACAA